AAAAUAUAUAACUUAUGUAUGUUUUCCGCCGCUGCCGAGCAUAAACAGAAUUCUUUACAGAGAGCAUCAUUAUUAGCAUUUCUUUUUGUAGUUUACCAUAUAAACAAGGAACACAAAAAAUUUAAAAAAGGCAUAUAUUUAAUAUGCACACUCGAAUUUCAAAAUCAUUGUAUAUAAAUACAUAUUUAUUUAACCCAUGUAUUUAGGUGUACAUACUAGCUUUCGCACGUUUAAGUAAAAUGUGCAGCCGAAAACACGUGGAACCUCCAUUGGAAUUUCAUUUCAUUUUGUUAAACCCGCUGUUAUGUUAAUGUUAGGUAAUAACGGGUUGAAACUAAAAUUUUACCUUUCCCAUAUGUUUUAUUAAUUUUAUAUAUUUCCCCCUUUUUGGCAAACCAGUAGUUGUUUUGCACAACGUCACCACUGUUUGUCAAUUAACACGCGGUUUGCUCAAUAGCUGACGUCACCGUUAGCUUUGCCGGUCACGAGCGCAGCGCAAUCUACAGCAGCAGCGCAACAUCAACGUUAACAGCACUGUUGACGGCGCUCUUUGGAGUUGGCAACACAAUUCCAUGUUGUGCGCGUUGAAAUUUUCACCACACGAAAAUUAUUUGCUUUUGGCUCCCACGCAAUGAUCAGCCUGCCAUUUUAGUGGCAUACAUACUUAUAAACAUAUGUAUAUAUCAAUAUGUAUGUACAUACAUAUUUUAAAAUAUCUCACUUUUCUUAAAAAGAGAAGAACUGUUAAUUUUUCGUUAACCGUAUAAUUCUGAGGAAUUUAUUUUAUGAAACUUAGGCGUUAAUAUUUCCAAUCUAAUUUUAAUAAUUUCCUCAAACACCUUGUUAAGUGGUAUUUUAUUCAUAGCUACAUACAUACAUAUCUACUUACAUAUGUUAAUAUGAGCGUCGCCUUGAGCAAAACGCAAAAGCAAAAAAUAAAGCAAAGACAAUCCUAUUGCCCAAUUCGACACCUCGCUCCACCGCCUAUUCCGUUUUAGUUUUUUUCUCAAUUGCUGAUAUUUUUUUGCAGUGAGCUACCGCCACUCCAUCCAGAGGCAAAUGCAAAAAUAAAAUGCAAACACACAGAUGAGCUUACGUAAAUACAUACAAACAUACAUACUGUACAAAUAUGUAUGUAUAUGCGUCGUGCACUUUAAUAUUUAUGCUACGCGACUAGUUUCCGAACGCUUGAGAGUGAAGUCGGCAGCGCGUCGCUCUCUGUUACGAUUAUUUCCUUCUCCAUUGCGCUGUUGUUGGCGCUCUGUUAUCACAUAGCGACCGACAUAACGCCAGAGCGCUACACUAAAAUGUAUUUAUAAAUAUUUUCGCGACUCGCAAGGUUGCUACAAGCGCAAGAGAGUAUUCAACAACAAAAACAACAAAGAAAGAAAAACCCAUUCUGGUUCAACGCUGCUUCGCUGAGCUGUCUUGGGCUUGCUGCUGCAGCCGCCAGUCAGCAGGCAACGGGCAAUAGACAAUUUCAGUUGAUUUCAGUUGCUUUUCGGCUUUCAGUGAGUUCGUUUGAUUUUAUUGAAUUUAGAGUGAGUCGGUUUGGCCUGGAUUUUUUUUUUUUGGUAAAACGUUGUCGUCAUCGCCUGGCGCUAUCGUCGUUGUCGCUAUAGUUAGUUCGUUUGCUUGCUCUCAUUGAAUUUCUGUGAGCGUCGAAACCGCAGCAGCAGCGGCAGUAGUGAUUGUAUUUAAUUUAUGUUAUUGUGUUGUUGUUGUAAGUGGAUUUCACACAGCAUUCGUGUGUGCCCUCGAAAAUUUUGAAAGCUACAGCAACAGAAGAAAUCAACGUCGUUGUCGUUGACGACGUAACCACCAAACAUUAACAUCAUCAUCAUUGUGUUUAUUUGUGGAUUGAGCUGCAGUAGCAGCAUCGAAUACCUCACCACUUCGCACCAGCCAAGCGUAGAUUUCACAUAAGUGCAUACACAUACAAACAAAUAUACAAAGCAAACUAAAAACGUACGUAGACGUAAAGCAGCAACAGUGGACGGUGUCAAAUUUUGUUUCUUUUUUUAAUUUCAAUUCACUUUUUGUGGGCAUAGAGUUGCCGUUGCCGUUGCAAUAACUCCGUAAGGCUGCCUUUUUCAAUUUUUGUAUGGUUUCGCAACUGUCGUCGUUGUCGUUGUUGUUGACGCCGUCGCCAUCACUGACUUUUUCGAAGCCUAUCAAGUCGUCUACGUUUCUAUCUCAUAUACAUACGUGUACGUAGGCCGCGCGCAGCCAUAACCAUUCAUUCCACUAUCCCACAAGGUGUGGGGAAAUCGAUCGAUUACGUAGCUUUGCAUAUGUAUAACGUGAGUGUGUGUGUUUAUAAGUGAUUGGAAACAAAGUAGAAACAAAAAAAAAAAAAUUCAGUAAAAUAAUUGCCUUUUUAUUUUGUGUGUUUCAAUGUGCUGUUAAGCACAGAAAACUUAUCGUGAAAACGGCAAAACAAGCAAGAAAUUCAAACUGCAAAGAAUUAUUAAAAAGGCGUAAAAAUACCCAAUUGUUCACCAUUAAAAAAGGAAAAACUUAAAAUAGUUAGAAACAUUUUUAUAACGGCAUGGAAAAAUCAACAGAUUCUGCUCCAACGCCACCGUCACCGUCGCCCUCAAGUGCUGUUGUCGGUGGAGCAUCCUCCGCAACGAGGACGACAUCGUCACCAUCUCCUCAUGAUGGGGUUGCAAAUCAUUGUGACGGCAGCAAUACCACCUUGUCCAGCUAUAUGAUGCCACCACCCACAUCGAGACCAACAAAUAACAUUAGUAGUAAAAAUGCAAGUAUAGGGUGUGGUUCAACACCAACAUUAUCAAUGUCGUCAGAAACCAGAUUAACAACACAGCAUGGGAAUACAGCAGCAGCUCCCAACGCGCUUAGUUCUUCAAAAGCUCAUACCAUCGUUGCAGCCACCUCCACCACGAGUAACGCAUCGCCGUUUUCGUUGUCGUCGUCGUCGUCGUCCUCACCAGCCGCAUCAACCACCAACUCUUCAACAUCAAAUAGUAAUGGUUCUGCAACAUCCUCAAUUGCUGCCGCCAUGGCGCGACAUAACGCCUUCAUACUACCCUCGCGCACAAUGCCUAUGAGCGGCACACUUGCCGCCACCACAUUACAGCACACAAUUGCGCCGCAUGCUUUACAACUACCCCACAUCAACUUAAAUAUAAAUACGACGACCGGUGGUAACUUUGGUGUGACGGUAGAUCCACAAAUCUCAGUGGAAAACUUAAAGAAGAUAAUUGCUAAGAAGCUUAAAGUGGCCAAGGAUCGUAUUUGCUUGUUGCAUCGUGAAAAAGAACUGCAAGAUGGCACAUUAAAAGAUAAUAACCUUAUGGAUGGCUCCAGAAUUAUAUUGAUACCAAAUGUAGAGACCGGCUUACUGGCUCAACGUCCCGAGAACACCGUCAUGCAGGCUUUGGAGUCACUCAACGACUCACAAGUGAACGAUUUUCUCAGCGGUAAGACACCAUUGAAUCUGAGCAUGCGCCUUGGUGAUCACAUGAUGCUCAUACAACUACAAUUGAGCACCGUAAAUCCGGCAAACGGCAGCAGUUCAGCUAAUGCUGGCAGCAGUUGCAAUGGCAGCAGCAGCUCGGCAGCGCUGCGCGCACGCUCCAGUCAGCGCAACAAUCGCUCCGCCUUAGCUGCCGGUCACAGUCACAACCACCAUCAUCAUCAUCAUCACCACCAUCAUCACCAACAGCAGCAGCAGCAGGCAACAGCUGGCGCUAACGCUUCCAACAACACAUCCGCUACUACAAACACAGCCGCGGCAGCAGCAGCAGCAGCAACAACAUCAAAUAUCAUCGUCAGUCAGCAGCAGCGCAACAACGGCACUACAACAGCUGCCGCACGCUUGCCAGUCAGCAGCAAUGGCACGCUGAAAAGCUCCGACCUCAGUUCGUUUCUCAGCAAACGCGACUAUGAGAAUCUACAGAGCAUUGUGAAGAGCAUUGCCAUGUCACAGCCGGCGCGUUUAACAUCGCCACCGCUUAGUCAAAUGCUCGCGCAGCAUGUGCGUCAAUGCGCGCCAAGCAAUGUGCCCUCUUCGCUGGCACAACCAGUCACCGUCAAUAAUGCAGGCUUUCACGGCGCGCGUACUACCGCAACGGCGGACAGCAGCGUCGCCGGCGCAUCACCACUGCUAGAACAGUCACCCAUCAAAUCGCUAUCGAAUCUGGUGUCAAGUCCAAUCAAAACCGCCGCCAUAAAGAGCAUUCCCAUCACGAAGGGUGCUUGCAGCGGCAGCGCCUGUGAGAGUAGCAGCAGCACCUCAGCGGCCGGCCCUAGCGCUAUGGAUACAACAUGUCAAGAUCCCAUUGCCGCUAAGCUAACCUCGUGUCUGUGUACGCGCCUCAAUGGCGGCACAGUCGUUAAGGACGACAUUUGCAUGGACACCAUAACGAGUGGCACGAAUAGAGCCAGUGUACCAUCGGCUACAAACUCAGAGGCAAUGAUUACAGAGUGCAGCAGCAGUGCUGUAGCUGAGGCACGAACAUCAACAACAACGUCAACGUUACAAAAGCUGGUGUCAGGAAGUAGCGGUAGCGGCUGCAGCGCGCCUGUCGCCGCCACUCUACACAAAACGGCUAAUAAUCCCAUAACGCGCUCGAAACAUCGCAGCCAUCACCAUCACCACCACCAUCAUCAUCACCACCACUAUCAUAAUCAGCAGCAGCAACAACAACAGUUACAUGCCAAGACGCUAUCGCCGUUGGUGCGCCCAAAGGCCAGCUCUAGCCCCCUGCCGCGUCCCAUUCCCUUGACUACGCGCAGCUUGGAGGAUAGCGGACUCGGCACUGAUGCGGAUACGAAAACGCCUGCAGUGCCUGCUACAACCGCUGGCGCCGCAGCAACGCCCCUCUCAGCAACACCAACAACUACAACCACAGCUGCAGCUAACAGCGUUGGCGAAUUGGACGAUUCCGGCGUGGCAGUCUCGGAUUCACGUACGCUCGCCGAGGCCUCACGCAAUCUAACUCAAACGCUGCGCAAACUCUCGAAAGAAGUAUUCACCAACAAGAUUGAUCUAUCCAGCAGCGAGGAGGCACCGCGCAAAAGCAAUUCGGGCGCAGUUAUUGAAUCAAUGAAGAACCAUGGCAAAGGCAUCUACUCCGGCACCUUCUCGGGCACACUCAAUCCAGCGCUGCAGGACCGUUAUGGACGGCCCAAGCGUGACAUCUCUACCGUUAUACACAUAUUGAAUGACUUACUAAGCGCUACACCGCAAUACAGCCGCGGCGCGCGCAUCAGCUUCGAGGCGCCAAGUGGUUCAAACGCGGCGAGCGGCGCUUCAGGCAGCAACGGCACCGCCGUGCACGGCAUACGCAGCAAACAGCUCUCCCUGAAGCACCACUACCACCACCACGCGCAGUCCUGUGUCAAAUGCCUCAAAUCGCAACAGCAACACGGCAGCAGCAGUGGCUGCACUUACGGCGAAUGCAACGGUCACUACGCCGGCGCUAAAGUAACAGCCACAGCCAGCCGUAGCAGCCACGCCUGCUGCAAAGACAACGCCGCCAGCGCCAUCAACGGCAGCAGCACAAACGGCGCCAAUGAGCGCACCAUAUGCAAUUGCCGCUACCGCAACAACACGGAGACGGGCGAACGCGAAGUCGAGCAAAUGUGUCAGAAAUGCAUAACCGACAUGGAGAACACCAAAAUGAAGUCGAAGAUCGAUCAGCUGCGCCAGGUGAUGCUGCAGAGUAAACAGCGUCGCGAGGCGCGCAAAUUGAAGGGCGCUCCCUAUGGCGCACGCGUAGUCGGCGCACCAGCCAAAACAGCAACAACGUUGGCACCUACCGCCACCGCCGUGGCUGCUGUCUGCGCUAAUGCUACGAACACAACGUCGACUAUGAAUGCGAAUGCGCCGUCCUCCGCAUUGACAAGCUCACCACAGCUGGCGGCCGCGAGCAACAGCAACAACACAACAGCGCCCAGCGAAGUAUCGCCGAAUCACAUUGUGGAAGAGGUGGACACGGCUGCUUAAAUGCCAUUUUAAUUGCUUGCAAUUGCUGCACAACUACAAUAACAACAGCAACAGCUAUAACUGUGUAGAUGAGGAAGCUCACAUUUAUUCAACAUUUGUCCUAACUUGUAGCAUUUAUUAGUUUAUUCCUUAGGAGAAUCAUCAGCCUCAGCGCUUUUGAGCAAAAAAAAAGCGCGAAGGAAACAAAAACCAAACACUUGCAACAACAAUUCAAUACGAAAUUUAUUGCAUAAUAAUAUUUAGUGCGGGAAAUGUUUAAUGACGGCAGCGCGAAUACAACUGCGUCAACUGAAUUUACAUGUUACAAAUAUUUAACAACAUCAAAACACAAGCAAAAAUAUUGAUAAUUUGCAAUUGAAAAAAUAAAUAACUAAAAAAAUUGCAAAAAAAAAAAAAAUUAUGAAAAAAUUGAAAAUAUAAUUUUUUUUGUUAAAUUAUACAAAAUGUUAGUUUUGUAUUUUUUACUUUAUAAGUAGUAAAAAUUGGAAAUGUGUGUAGACAAAAUUUAAAAAAUAUUAAAUACACUAAAUUCGCUGAAAUAGAGAAAAUUAUUUAGUUAAUUGCAAAAUUAUAGAAAAAAGUAUUCGCACUUUAAAUAAAAUAAAAUAUUAAUUAAUUUUACUAAAAAUGUGCAAAAACAAAAACAUUUUGAACUAAACGCUGAAAAAUAACUUUAGUUAGUAAACAUUGUUUGUAAAUUAAAAACGCAAAUUUCCUGUUUACAACAACAAAACUACCAUUGAAGGCAAAAAUUUGGCAUUUGCGUGCGAAAAUAUUUCAAAUAAAAAUGCGCUGUAUAUUUUACAUAUUUAAUGUGCAACUUGUAAUUUAUGUAAAUUAAAAUUAAAGAAAAAAAUUGUCAAAAAUAAUGCAGAAACGCAUACUGAAUUUAUCAACGAAGCAGCUUGUAAAAAAUUUGUUGAAAAAUUAAAUAAUUUUGCAUCUCUUGCGGUGUACCAUUACUAUACGCAUGUAGUGUACGCUGGCAGCUUGGCUUGCAAGAAAAAAACACUUUUUUUGAGCAUUUAACACUUGAA